CAAAUAAGUGUGUGGCAUCUAGUUUGACAGGUUUAGUCAUCUCUGCCGUUUUCAAAACAAACUUUCCAAAAAUUUUAAGGUUUUUAGCGUUUUAUUAUUUAGUUUAGUGCAACAAAUUCAAACCAUGACCGUCGUGGAAUUCUUCGGCUGUUCCUUCUUGGCCUUCGGGCCUCCGCUGGCGAUGUUCUCCCUCACGAUCGCCCACGAUCCCAUCCGAAUUAUCAUACUGAUAGCCGCUUCCUUCUUCUGGCUGGUCUCGUUGCUGUUUUCCUCGACCAUCUGGUUCACGGUGUACCCCCUGCGGGACAAGAUCGCAUUCGGACUGGUCUGCUCCGUGUUCAUUCAGGAAGCAUUCCGCUAUUUGAUGUACAAGCUGCUGCGGAAAACCGAACGAGGCCUCCAGGAAGUGACCGACAUUGUACACAUUUCCGACUACAAGCACAUCCUGUCGUACGUUUGCGGGUUGGGUUUUGGCAUCAUCAGUGGGGCCUUCUCGUUGGUGAACAUUCUGGCCGAUUCGGUUGGGCCGGCCACGGUGGGACUGAAGGCCGGAUCUAAUAUCUUCAUCGUGAUCAGCGCAGCCCAGUCGCUCUGUAUGAUUCUGCUGCACACCUUUUGGAGUGUGAUCUUCUUCAAUGCCUGCGACCUGAAGAACUACUAUCACAUCGGGUAUGUUGUACUUAGCCAUCUGUUUGUGUCCUGUAUAACGUUACUCAAUGGUCAGGAACUGUUUGCGGUUUCGUUGACGGCGUCCUACAUUGUGAUGCUUGCCACGUGUGUGAUUGCUUUUCGAGUAGUGGGUGGAAAUUUGGCUUCGUUUAAGAAGUUUGUAACGUGCAAGUAAAUUGAAUUCAUUCUUUAAUUUAUAUCCCUAAUCAUAAUUUUAAUUCAUAUAAGUAAUAUUAAACUUUUGUAUGAUACUAGCAUACUACUUUAAUCGAAUUAAAACCCAAUAAUAAUAAAUCAAAACGUUAA